UGCCCAUCGUUGACCAUCGACAGAAGAAAACCUUCGAACUUUUCUUCUUCUUUGGCAUUCGCUUCAUUCUAUGCCAUCUUUGGCUCGUCUCGCUCUCUCGCCAAAAGUUUUUUACCCGUCUAUGCAGUGACCCAGGACAUCCUGCCGUCCUUGAAAACGAGGGUGAUCUCCGACCCCGUUACAGCGUCGAGCGCCCGCCGUGCCAUCGACAGUGCUGCCACCUUUGGGACCCCUCAUACUCCCGCCAUCCCGAUCGCUGAUCGCUCUCAACAAACAUGCCGAGCAAAAGGAAGCGCGAUAUCCUCGACGGCUUCGAUCCGAAUAGAUCUGACCCCGAGGACGAGAACUUCAACCCGACCGAGGAUCGACCUCGGCGGUCUGCAAAGAAGUCGCGUCCAUCAAAGACCAAGAAAAUUGCAUCCACUAAGCGAACUAAAUACCGUGGCUCCGAUAUUGAAGAUGACGAAGAACUGUCCGACAGCGAGGCGGAUUCGUUCGGCGAGGAUGACGAGGAUGAGGAAGAAGAAGAAGACGACGACGACGAAGCCCUGUUGAAUGCAACUGGCCGCCGCAUGAGGAAGGCCGCGACCAAGCAACAAUCAUAUAGAGAGAGCAGCGAAGAUAGCGUGAUCGCGGAUUCCGAGGCUGGAGGUGAAGAGGCCGAACAAUCGUCCGAGGAAGCCGCACCCCGCCCGUCACGUAUCGUUGUGUUGCGUAGUACAAAUCUCAGCCAGCUCCGAAAUAGGCGCGGAAAGGAAGUCGCUACCCCUUCGGUAGCUACGCGCCGCUCGACUCGAGCCCGAACCGAGGAGACCGAGGAACAGCUGGUCGAGCUAUCCAAUUCAGGGAAACAUGCGCUCGCCGCCCGGUCGUCAAGAAGUGGCAGCCCGGAAGCCAUACACCGUACUACCCGGUCCACGCGCGGUGGCAAGGGAGUUAAGAAGAUGCCUGCCGCAAUCCUGGAGGCUACGCAGGAGACCGAGCCGAAGACCGAGCCCGAGGACCUUCUUCAGGAUCAGGAUGAGAUAGCAGGAUACCCCGAGGACGCCCAAGUUAUCGAGAAUGAUGACGAAGUAAAUGAAGAUGUUGGAGCCAUGGAGGUUGAAGAUGCACCUGAGGAGAACCUGGCGGCCGAAGAGCAGCGAGAUGAGAACCAGGCGGCAGAUGACGACGAGGAUGAAGACGUCGCCCCAAUUACGCGCCGUACCCGCAGUGCGAGGACCACUUCCGGUGCUGCAGCACCUGAAGAAGCGGAUGAUGAGGCCGAGAACGCUGGGACCUCGCGUCGUCUGACCCGGAAGUCGGGGAUGAGAAAGUCGGUUCAGUCGCCCAGCAGCGACUUUGAGCCCGGCGACGAGUCGGGAGCUGAAGAAUCGGGCUCUGAGGCGCCGCCAAAGGAUGACGAUGCCGAUUCUGGCGCUGUCGAUAAUGCGGACGACUCCUCGAGCCCGACCCCCCGUGGGCGGCGAGCUGGUCAGAGUAAGAGCUCGAGGUCUCGACGCAACCAGGAUUCGGGCGACGAGGAGGUCGAGCUUGACAAGGACGAGAUGGCCGAAGAGCUCGAAGAACUUCGGCAGAGCUCGCGCUCGCGGCCUCGCCGCCGUCGUCAGCGGUCACCCUCUAUCCAAUAUGAAGAGCCCUUGACCAAGAGGAGGCGUGUGACCAAGCCGGUCGACUAUAGCAUCAAGGCCAUUGACCCAGCGGCCUUUGAAGUGGAGGACGAAGAGCCUGCUGCCACACCUCAACGAGGCGGGCGCAGAGGCGGGCGAAACGGCGCAAACCAAGUUUGGGAGCGCAACUUCAACACGACUUAUGGCCCGUUUGGCGGCGGCGGCGGUGCAGGCUCUCUUCUCAAUGGCCCCUGGGGCACCGGUGCUACUGGUGGUGUCGACUCGGAUAGCAGCGAUGACGAGAUGGUCCAUAGAUCAGGGGUCGGCGGCCCUGUCGGCAUGACGCCCACCACCGCCGCACCACCCGUCGGGCUGUUCGGUGUUCCCGCCCAGACCCAUAACGACGGAGGAGUCGGCGGCAUCGGUGGGGCAACUCCCAAUGUCGGCAAGAUCAAGAGCCAGAAGGCCUUCGCCGACGCCGACCCUCUCGGGGUCGACACGAACGUUGACUUUAGCAAGGUCGGUGGUCUUCAGGGCCAUAUUGACCAGCUGAAGGAGAUGGUCCAGCUGCCGCUGCUGUACCCCGAGCUCUUCCUCAAGUUCCACGUCACGCCGCCUCGCGGAGUCCUGUUCCACGGCCCUCCCGGAACCGGCAAGACGCUGCUCGCCAGAGCGCUUGCGAACUCUGUCGGGUCCGGUGGUCGGAAGAUCACCUUCUACAUGCGUAAGGGAGCUGAUGCUUUGAGCAAAUGGGUUGGCGAGGCCGAGAAGCAGCUUCGGCUGCUCUUCGAGGAAGCACGGAGAACCCAGCCCAGCAUCAUCUUCUUCGACGAGAUUGAUGGUCUCGCGCCUGUCCGGUCUAGUAAACAAGAACAGAUCCAUGCGUCUAUCGUCUCGACGCUGCUGGCUCUGAUGGAUGGCAUGGACGGGCGUGGCCAGGUCAUCGUCAUCGGCGCGACGAACAGGCCUGACAACAUCGACCCGGCACUUCGCCGGCCGGGCAGGUUCGACCGUGAAUUCUACUUCCCCCUGCCUGACGUGGAGGGCCGGCGAUCCAUCCUCGACAUCCACACCAAGGACUGGGGCCUGACAGAUGAGUUCAGGAACGCGCUCGCCGAGAGGACCAAGGGCUACGGCGGUGCCGAUCUACGGGCCCUCUGCACCGAAGCCGCCCUCAAUGCGAUCCAGAGAACCUACCCGCAGAUCUACUCGUCCAAGGAGAAGCUUAUCGUUGACCCCGACAAGAUCAGUAUCCAUGCCACGGACUUCAUUAUCUCCAUCAAGAAAUUGAUUCCCUCAUCCGAGAGGUCUACCGUAUCUGCUGCGAUACCGCUCCCGAAGGCCAUAGAACCCCUCCUGAGGAGCCAGUUCAAGGCGAUUGUGAAGAGCAUCGACGAAAUCCUACCUCGCAAGAAGAAGAUCACCGCACUGGAAGAAGCCAUGUUCGAGCAACCCAAAGACACGGACCAUGGGUUUGGUCGGGAAGCUCUCCAGCAGGAGUUCGAGAGGUCUCGAAUCUUCCGGCCUCGCCUGCUCAUUGCAGGGAAGGCUGGCAUGGGCCAGAACUACCUAUCGGCAGCCAUCCUUCACCACUUGGAAGGCGUACAUGUUGUGAACUUCGACUUGGCGACAUUGCUUGGCGACGGACGGCCCCUUGAACAAGUGAUCGUCGGCCUUUUCAGCGAAGUCAAGCGACACAAGCCCAGCGUCAUCUAUGUUCCCGACAUAAACACGUGGUGGUCGGCAUUGCAAGGAGCGGCAACCACCACGUUUGCGACGUUGCUCCGGUCCAUUCCGCCAACCGACCCCGUCCUUCUCCUCGCUACCGCAGAGAAUGAGAUCUUCGAUUUGGAUCCAAAACUCCUAGUUGAUCUCUUUGGCUUCUCCAAGAAGAACCGGGCGGUUAUUGACCGUCCGAACAAGAGCGUCCGCGUUGAGUAUUUCACCAACAUCAUCGAGCACCUGCAGAAGGCGCCCACCGAUUUCCCGGAUCCUGCAGACCGCAAGAGGAGGGUUCUGGAAGUGCUCCCCGUUGCCCCUCCCCCGCCGCCCCGGACCCUUACCAAAGCGGAGAUCAAGGCGCAGCGCAAGGCCGACCUGCAUUCGCUGAACAUACUCAAGACCCGGCUGCAGCCGAUCAUGGACCAGAUCCAUCGCAAAUAUAGGAAAUUCAGGCAACCAGUCAUUCCGCUGGCCCAUGUCGCCUAUCUGUUCGACGAGUCCGAUCCAAACUAUGUCCGGCCGGAUCUCGCCGAGGGGGAGCAGCGACCGUACGAGAUCGCCAGGGACAAGGAAGGGACCGAGGGACUCAGAGAUACCGCCACGGGCAAGUUCUUCUACAACCUCGAGACUACGACGAUCGAGGAGCGGUUGGCCAAUGGCUACUAUGCUCGGCCCAGGGAUUUCUACCUGGACAUCAACAAACUCUACAAUGACGCCAAGAACAUUGGUGACAGAGAGCGAGCAUUAAAGGCCAAUGAGCUCCGGACCAACGUCGAGGUCGAUGUUACGGAUAUCGAGCAACAGCUCACCAACCUCGGCAUCAAAUUCGACGAGCUGUACCAGCGCCAACUGCGCAGGGUGGAAGAGCAGGCUGAACGGGCUCGAAAGAGGCAGGCCAUGCAGUCGAUCGUCGACCUUGUCACAUCCGACGUGGCGGGAGAUAACGACAGCGACUCCCAGGGCCCCGUCGGGGUGGGUUUCCCCCCGGCCGGGCGCUCGACGACGGGAGCCCGCUUCCAAGUCAUGAGCCCCCACUCCAACGGACACGGCGCCAUCACAUCUGAUUCCCAUCCACUGACCAACGGCAACUCGGUUCCGUCCCGCCAGGACGGCGAGGACACUCAAAUGGCCGGCAUGGAUGAGGAGACGCAGCCCGACUCGAUGGGCCCGCCUUCCUUCUGGCCGAAAGUAGGUUCGAGGCAGCUUGGCGAAUCGACGAGGGCCACUGCGGGGAACACCCAGGUGUCGCAGGUAUCGGCCAUCACAUCCGUCCCGCCGGGCAUGUCUCCGUCGGCGAUCGUUAACGACGCCUCGACGACCAAGACGUCGGACCCGUCGACCAACCGGGAAUCGGGUCCCUGGAGCACGCAGGCGACCAACGGCUUCCACAGCAACCCGGAGCAGCAGCAGCUGCUGCUGCAGCAGUCGCAGCAGUCGCAGGCGCUGCCGGACACGCAGUCGCAGGCCGGGGCCGGCAGCGGCGGGCCGCCCAGCCAGUCCACCAGCGACGAGCAGUGGCCGCACUCGCAGGCCCACGGCCUCCUGCGGGGCGCGAUCAAGGCCCCCAUGGGAGGUGGGGGGCCCUUCGGCGGAACAAGAACCAGCCCGACCUCCUCGCAGGUCCUGGCCCCGCCAGACGAUAAGCCGCGCAGGCCGUCGGCCGUCAGCAUGGCGCACAUCCUCAACGACGACGGCAACAGCGGCGGCAGCAGCGGCAGCGGCAACCAGCAGGCGUCGUCGGCGUCGGCGUCGGCGGCACAGCAGCAGCCGCCCUCGUCGAUACGCAACUCGGGGACGUCGACCAUGUCGUCGUCGCAGCAGCAGCAGCCGGUGAUCAACGAGGCGUCGGUUGCCGACUUCCUCGAGACGAUCGCGGGGGCGACGUCGGGGUGCACGAUUGAGCAGCUCGAGCAGAUCAGCCGGGAGCUGAUGGACGAGAUCUGGCGGACGCGGGCCGAGUGGAACCGCAUGAGGGUGCUCGGCGCGCUGACGCGCGUCUUCAACGACACCAUCGCCGACAUCGAGACGAUACAGGGGCUGGCGCGCCUCGGGGAGGGGGGCGCCGGGUGCAGCCAGGAGGGGGAGGGGGAGGCGGAGGGGGGUGCGGAGACGUUUGUGUAUCUGAGGUGAGAGGGCGAACAGGGGGCGCCGUGUAACACGUGGGGUGUUUAGGGGGGGGCGCCUUUUCUAGUCAGGUGAUUCCCAUGGUGAUGAUGACGACGAAGGAAGGAGUAUACAGAGUUUGUCGGGAUAAAAUUUGCCUACCGAGGUAGAGGCUUUUGGGGACGGUGGUUGACUAGGAUGCUUUUGGGG